AAUGUGAGAAGAUCUUAUCCAUCGAUCCCACCAGUAUUACUACUUAUAUAAGCUUGAAAAUUCCAAAUCUUUUACUUUCUAGCUAAAGGAAAGAAGCUAUUACUUUACUUGAAUAUUAGAAAUGUGGAGGCAACAUAAUUACACUUGGAAUAGCUUAAAUUGCUAAAAAGCAAAGUGAAGAAAGCCACUAGUCUUCGAAAAUUCAUGCAAAUGCCUCCACCUUUUAUUCUUCAUAUGACCCCCAAUUCUUAGAUCACACCAAAAAAAUAAAAAUAAAGAACAAGAAAAAAAUAAGAGAAAUAUUUUUCAUCAUGGGAUCUGAUGAUGAGGUUCUUGAGAAAAAUUACGUUAAAAAACAAAGCAUGAAGAGAGUUUCAUUGAGAAAUUCAAUUCAAUAUGUGCUUGAAAAACAGAGAUUUGUAUGUCUUUUGAUUGGAAUUGCUAUGUCAGUUGUUAUUUUCUCCGUGGUUUCUGUUUCUUCUCCAAUAUUAAGUUCCAAUUUUGAGACGAUUAAUAUUCAAGACACAAAUACAAUUGUGUCCAAUCCGAUUCCUCGAAGAAUUGCGUACGAGUUGGUUGAUGAAGCCGACCACAUUAAUGCAGGUGGAAAGGUUCCAUUGGGAUUGAAGAACAAGAAUAAGAGAAUAUUAGUAACAGGAGGAGCUGGAUUUGUUGGGAGUCAUUUAGUGGAUCGAUUAAUAGCAAGAGGAGAUAGUGUUAUUGUUGUUGAUAAUUUUUUUACAGGUAAAAAAGAGAAUUUGCUGCACCAUUUCAAGAACCCAAGGUUUGAACUCAUUCGACACGACGUUGUUGAGCCAAUUUUGUUAGAAGUUGAUCAGAUUUAUCAUUUGGCCUGCCCUGCUUCUCCUGUUCAUUACAAGUAUAAUCCAGUCAAAACCAUCAAAACAAAUGUAAUGGGAACAUUGAACAUGUUGGGGCUAGCAAAAAGAGUGGGAGCUAGAUUUCUUCUUACUAGCACUAGUGAAGUGUAUGGUGAUCCAUUGCAGCAUCCUCAGGCUGAGACUUAUUGGGGCAAUGUUAACCCCAUUGGUGUUCGCAGUUGUUACGAUGAAGGAAAACGUACAGCUGAAACUUUGGCCAUGGACUACCAUAGAGGACUUAACAUUGAGGUUAGAAUUGCUAGGAUUUUCAACACAUAUGGACCACGUAUGUGCAUAGAUGAUGGUCGUGUUGUUAGCAAUUUCGUUGCACAGGCCCUGAGAAAGGAGCCAAUGACAGUUUAUGGAGAUGGAAAACAAACCAGGAGCUUUCAGUAUGUCUCUGAUUUGGUAGAAGGUUUGAUGAGGUUGAUGGAAGGAGAUCAUGUGGGUCCUUUCAAUCUUGGGAACCCUGGUGAAUUCACAAUGCUUGAACUAGCUAAGGUUGUGCAAGAAACAAUUGAUCCAAAUGCAAAGAUAGAAUUUAGGCCCAACACAGAAGAUGAUCCCCACAAGAGGAAGCCAGACAUCACAAAAGCAAAACAACUUCUAGGAUGGGAGCCAGCAGUUUCCCUCCGGCAAGGACUUCCGAUGAUGGUUGAUGACUUCCGGCAGCGCAUUUUCGGUGAUGAAAAGCAAGAUUCCAGCAGCCUAUUGACCAUAUAAUAAUUACAGAUUUUAAUUUUCUCCACUCAUUUUGAGCCAUGAAAAUGGUUAAUGGGGAAAAUGAAAAUGAAAAAUAAGAAGGGAGGUUCUUGAUAUUUAAAGAACCUUUUGAAGAAUAGGAAGUUGUUUAGUUAUAGUCAUCCCUUUUUGUCUUUUUUUAUUAUUUAUAUUAAACUUCUUCCAUAAUAAGAUCCUCUAUUGAAAGAGGAUAAAUAGAAUACAAAAGAAUGUUUUUGGUGGACUAAUUUAUUGGAUAUAAUGAAAAGUUUGGAAAGAUUGUGGUCAAACUCUAAUUUCAUUAGUAAAGCAAUUAUAGAUUGCUCUUGCGCUUUUGAUAAAAAAAAAAACAUGAGUAUCUAUAAAAGAAUUUUGCAC